AUGGGACCAUGGUCCCGGCUCUCAUGGAGCUGUAUGCUUCUUUCUACUCUCAUUACACCUUCUCUUGGAGCAGUCAUCACAGCAAAGCCUGGUAGCGCCAACGCGGUUAGAGUACCCGAAAUCCCAGGCGCUUGUCGCGCUGUAAUCUCGCCCUUCGAUUAUUCGGCUAAGUAUCGUCGUGACCACGAGCUGCCGGUCUGCAGUGCCGACAGCUCUGGUCUCGUCGUUGCUCGCGACAACAAUGACGCCAAUGGGCGCGAAAUCAUCCCGGCAUCACUCGAAACCGGCGUUUCCUUGAUCGGACGUACUGAACUCUCUUCUCUUUUUGGGAGACAAGUAGUCGGUGGCGACGAUUAUACCUGCGGCCCCGACCGCCCUUGCAAGAACAAGGCAUGCUGUCCCAAGGCAACUGGCCAGUGUAACUAUGGCGAGAAAGCCUGCGGUACAUCAGGAAUCUCUCCCAAUGAGGUGUGUUGGUCCAACUGCAACGCCAAAGCGGAAUGCGGCAAGAACGCAGCUAUCCCUGGCCAAAAGUGCCCUCUAAAUGUCUGCUGCGGCAAGUGGGGUUUCUGCGGGAUGACAAAGGACUUCUGUGAUAAAGAGGACCACGGAGCUACUGGCGGUUGCCAGUCCAACUGCGAUCAGCCAGGUCCCAAGAAAAAGGCUUCUGCUCAGCUCAACCGUGUUAUUGGAUAUUAUGAGGCAUGGAGACGCGACUCCAAAUGCCAGGAUAUGGGCUUGGACGACAUCCCCGUCAACUCGCUAACUCACCUCUAUUUCUCUUUUGCUUUCAUCCAGCCGGACUUUCAGAUCGUCGGCAUGGACAAUCUGCCCGAUAAGCUGUUUACAGACUUCACCAACCUCAAGAAGAAGAACCCUGCCCUCAAAAUGAUCAUUGCCAUUGGCGGAUGGACGCACAACGACCCGGGCCCUCUGCAGAAGGUGUUCAGCAACAUGGUCAGUACCAAAGCGAACCGGUCCAAGUUCAUUGGCAACCUCAUGUCGUUCCUUCGCAUGUACGCUUUUGAUGGCGUUGACUUUGACUGGGAGUACCCCGGUGCGGAUGAUCGCGGCGGUGUCCCCGAAGACGGCGUGAACUUUACCCAAUUCCUAAAGGAGCUUCAGGAGGAGAACAAGAAGCAGCCCGUCAAGUACAUUGUGUCGUACACAGCUCCGACGAGCUUCUGGUAUCUGCGCCACUUUGAUCUCAAGUCGGUUGAGUAUACCGACUUUGUCAACGUCAUGUCAUACGAUCUUCAUGGUGUAUGGGAUCGUGAAAACCCGAUUGGUUCUCAUAUUUACGGCCACACCAACCUGACGGAGAUGAGCCUGGCGUUUGACCUCUUCUGGAGAAAUGAAGUCCCAGCAAACAAGCUAAAUAUGGGUCUCGGAUUCUAUGGUCGUGCAUUCCAGCUGGCGGAUCCGUCUUGCAACAAGCCCGGCUGUCUCUUCAAGGGAGGUGCAACCAAGGGAGCGUGCAGCGGCGAGUCUGGCAUUCUGAGUUACCGCGAGAUCCAAGAAGUUAUCAAAAACAACAAGAUCAAGCCAAUCCAUGACAAGAAGGCUGGUGUCAAGUACAUUACAUGGAAUACUGACCAGUGGGUGUCUUUUGAUGACAAGGAGACGUUCAAACAGAAGAAGGAUCUGGCGGCCAAGCUGGGCCUCGGAGGCUACCUGAUUUGGGCCAUUGACCAGGACGACGCUGAGAUGACUGCACUGGCUGCGGUCCUAGACCCCAAGCCCUUGGGUGAUUUCAAAUCGAUCGACAAAGGAGACGAGAACUGGACGGGUACCAACGACAUGUGCUACAUUACAAAGUGCGGCGUUGACUACUGCCCGUCUGGAGAGAUCAAGAUUACUGACCAAAAGUGCGGCAAGAAACAGAAGAGUGCUCUCUGCUGUCCCUUGUCGGGAGCGCCUGACCCCAGGUCGUGCACAUGGCGUGGAGGGGCGACGAGAUGGUGUAAUGGUUAUUGUAAGGACGACGAGGUCAUGACGCAUAUGAGCAAGUACGGCGGCGGCCACGACUGCUUGGAUGGCCAGAUGGCGCACUGCUGCGAAAGUUCGUUGGGAGAGAAGAACGUGUGCAAGUGGCGAGGCGUGGGCGAAAAGUGCCACAGUGGUGAACUGCCCUUGACCUUCUCCGGCACCGUCCUCGACAUCCUCGAUGACGUAGCCAAGAUUAUCUUGCGUAUUGUCGGUCGCGCGUACCCGCUAGCAGCGCUUACGGGAUUACUUCUGGUCGAGGUUCUCGAGGAGCUGGAUAUUGACACCAAGAAGCUGUACUGCUGCCCUGAGAAGGAGGUUUCCAAGUGGAAAAACUGUGCGUGGUAUGGAAAACCCGGUAACUGCUUUGACGGCCACUGUCCGGAUAUGAAGACGGUACAGAUCACCGACUCGUACUUUGGCGGCAGCGACACUUGCGGCCCACACUUGGAACGCGUGCGCACGUUUUGCUGCGAGUCGGACGGCGAGCCUCUCUUUCUGCCCGUCGACCUCAAGAACCUGUUUGAGCACCCGCCUGAAGGCGGUUCCGACACCGACUUCAUCUUCAAGACGGACAAGACGUCGGAUGGCGGCGACGACAACCCCAAUGAAGCAGCCUUCCAGUUCGUCGUGCUCGUCUCGCCCGAGGCGCUCCAGAUCUCGCUCGACAAACGCGACGGCUCCAACUGGGACGUCUUUGACUGCAACGACUCCAUUUCCGAGGGCGAGCACACGGUGCGCAUGGUCUGCAACGACCAUACCCCCGGCAGCAAUUGCCACAAAAUUGGCCUCGGCCAUGGUGUCCCAGGCACCAUUCUGCAGAUGCCCAAGGGCUGUGGGCCAGGCAAGUAUGCAGUCGCAAAGAGCAUGACGCCCGCCCCAGGCAGUACCAGUGACCAUGUUAAGCUGUUACCCCGUCACCUCUCGCACCUCGCCAGUCUCGAGCCUGUCGUCUACGAGCUGACAUUUGACUACGACUUUCACCGCGUGCCGCGUGACAUGGGCAACACGCAGAUGCGUAUCGACUACAGCAACCAAGACGACUACUGGAAGAACAUUGUCGCCGGUUCUGCCACCCGGAAACGAGACGUCCAUGGCCGCAAGAGGUUGGCCAAGCGCACGCUGGAGGACGUUGGCGGGAACCCGGUGCGAUGGCUCGAGGAGGAAUUCCGCGAUGACUUCCACUUUGACAAGAUUGCCCCUCGAGACUUGCAAGAGCGCUGGUUCGGUAAGAGCAUCCUCGACUGGCUGGCCGCCCUCGUCGUGCCUGAGAUCAAGCGCGACUUCACGCACAAGUACGACGACAGUGUCACGGCAAAGCUAUUUGAUGAGUCGUGGGACUGCCCCGGAACGGUAGAUGGUGUUAACUAUGACGGUCAUCUGCUCGGCCAGGCUGUCCUCGACAUCGAAGUCGAGUCCAGCUUCGGCUUUACCCUUAUCGUUGAGAGUCUCACUCUGCCCCUUAACCUCGAACAGAGCUACCUGACCUUCUACAACAAGGGUAGGGUCACCGGUGUCGUCACUCUUGAGGCCCUCGCUCGCGUGACGUACGAGCAGAAGAAGGUCAUUCUCAACUUGCCAUUCCCCGGUGCUUCUUUUAAGAUUCCUGGAAUCGCUACCAUAGGCCCCCAGCUCACUGUUGAGGGCAGCAUUGAUGCCUCGCUCGGCAUGGCUGGCUUGAUUGAGACCAAACUGGAGAUUGCUAAGUGGGAAGUCCGCCAAGUCAUGCCCGACAGCAAUUCCUACAAGCCCCAACUCAUCGACAACAGCAAACCAAGCCUGGAUCGCACAGGUGACUUCUCGGGAAUUAAAAAGCCAGAAUUCUACGCCGGAGUCACUGCCUCUGGAGACGUUGCCUUGAAGAUAUCGGCCGCUGCGGAGUUUGGUGUUCGCUUUGACCCCAAAUGGAAGAUUGACCCGGCGGCCGCUGCAGUCGUGGGCGAGGUCAGCCUAACGACCAAGUUCGCAGCAGGCAUUUCAACCACGGGAACAUGCCCCUUUACCUACGGUCUCGAUAUCGGUGCUCGCUUGUUUGCAAGAGCAACGGCGCCCAAGACAUUUGGCUGGGCUGGUGGUGAGGUCAACCUGACGGACCCGUGGGAGAAGACCAUCAUCAAGGGCGGCACUUGUCCCAACCUGGGCCCAAUACCUUCCAAAAGAAGUCUUCAAGAUCGAGGCCACCUCCUCGUUAAAGGCCGCUCAAAAGACGACGACGUGGCCAGAAACAUAUCAAGGUUGGGAGCUUCCGAGCCCGAUGUGGAGUCUAUGCACAGCUAUGGUACCAGUCUGCUCACGAAACAUAUCUCUGGUGGGCAUGUGUCGUCACUGGUCAAGAGAGGUGGUGUAUACGGCCCAGCGCUUACUCUCAAUGCCGGUGAGUAUUUCUGCCCUUCUAAAGACGGCGAAAAAGGCAUCACGUGCAAGGAAGCAUACGCUGGCCUAGCAGCGAGUAAUGAGGGCGGCGUUUGGACAGAUGCCAAACACAAGAGAGAAGUGCUGACGCCGACGUCUACGAUUGAUGAAAACGCCAUUGCCGCACAUUUCAAUGCUCAUCAGCAACGAAAUCAUGGACAUGACCACCAUGCAGGAAGCGAAUUACCGCAUAUGUUUGACAAGAGAGCCAAGGAGAAGCUUGUCAAGGCCUGUGAUCGGGCAUGCGACAUAUCGGGCGACUUCCCCCCGGGCGGCCAGCUAAAUGGCUUUGAUUGGGGCUGGGUCGAUCCCGAAGACUGCACCAACUUUGACUUUGGCAGCCCCUUGCAGGCACGCGCUGCCGGCAUUCAAUAUCACACGGAACACGUCCUUGAGGCCCAGAUGAUCGACCUAUUCUUCCGGCACCUCGAUGCAAAGAAUUUCAAGUUUCCUGACCCAAGGCCAGGCGCGGCUCAGGGAGACACCGUUUCCUUCUGUGACUAUGUCAAUGAGUUGUGGGAUGUGCCUCCUUUUGUGUGGCCCAACGAGAAUACGACCGGCGGCAAAGGCAAGGCUUGGAACCCCAUUAUGCACAUUGCGGCGCAGUAUCCGACAAGGACAUACGAGAAGCACGAAUUUAUUGCCCUCGAGUCUGCCAUCAACACGCCUUCCAAGACGAGCGCGUGGGCGGGCGGAAAUCCGUGGGACUUUGGCUCUUGGACGAAGGACAUUGCCGACUAUGCAAAAGCCAGGGGAAUUCUCCAGAAGAUGCGCAGCACGCUAGGUUCUCGCUUGUACCAGAGCCACUCGACUAUCCAGAAAACCAUGAAGACCCAGACGGAUCGGAUAGGCAAGAUCCUUGACGCCCUCGACACGACCCUGCUACCCGCUAACCAACGCCCUGGAUACGCAAAAUGGUCGAAGCAGGAUCUCAAGCUCGAAUGGCUCAGUUACAUGAAAGGCCAAUACACCAACAUGCAAGCCAAAACCAAUGGCCUCAUCACCAAGUUCCUCCCAAAGAUGAAGGCUGCAUGGGCCACACAGGCAGAAAAAGAUAAGUGGAAGGAUGAUCCGAACGAUUCGGCCGCGCAGUUGCUAGAGAAUAAGCAACAUCGCGAUUUUAUUCAGGCGAUCGAAGACUUUGAAACGAAAUGGAAUAACCUACCACAGUGGGACAACCCGUUGAGGUAG